CACGAAUGCACAGGGAUUGCAGCAACAGCAGCAGCACCGCGAGAUGGAGAUCUCCGCUGCGUGUGUGAGUGCCUAUUCCCGCUGUCACUGCACCGGCUGCCUGUCUCUCUGUCCUCCCGCAGCCUGUGAGAGCUGCUCCAGUGGCUGGACGGUACCUUGGCACCCACUGACUACAUGGAUGAACACUGGUUCUACAGGGGAUCUGUGCUUUCUUGUCCUUUGCACCUCUGAUCUGUUUCUCAAGGAAAUAUGGUGAGCAAAGAGGACACCAAAUGCAUUGUUCUCUCAAAUUCAGAUGAAUCAGAUUCAGAAACAGGCCCAUCACACAGUCUUGAUGCCCAGUCUGGACCAGAAUCAGGCAAGCAGCAGGUGAAGAAGAGAAACAAGGCCUUACAGGUGCGUUUUAAGGAUAUCUGUGACGCUCAGAAUGAGCAUCGGGGAAGACGCUCCAGGUCCAUUUCCUGUAAAGUGACACACAGAAAAUACAUGACCAUGCCAGCAAGACGCUCUAUUCCAAACGUAACCAAGAGUACUGGGGUCCAGACCUCACCGGACCUCACUAAGCGAUACAAGACUUUCCCUUUCGAGAGGAAAAAGGGACAUACAUUUAAACAUACUGCUUUGGUGGAAGAUUACAGGGGACAAAACAAUGGUUUUUUGAGUGAUAUAAAAGCGGGAGGCGAGGAUGGACAACCUAUUGGGGAGUCCUCUAAGUAUAAGGGUAAGAUUGUGGGGCAGACAAAAGCACUGCUUCACCACACUGAUGACAGCAGUGAUACAGAGGAUUUGCUUUCCAGUGCCAACUGUGUGGAUGGACCCUCUUGUCCAGAGUCACAUUUCUCGGAGGAGUGCCAUCCACGCAGCUCUCCUUCCAAAAGAGAACCAGAGUACCAGGUUUGUGGGACAAGGACCAAACACAAAGGAUUACCCAAAGAAGACAUGGAUGCUGGCCCUUCCUCAAAGCGCCAGCUGGCUAACUCAGAGUUUUCACAGGACAAGUCAAAGGGCACUGGCCCUGUUGCAUGGAACUCUUUGACACAGGUGGAGUCUUUAGGAAGCCCGUCUGUGAGCUGUAAACGGAAAAAGGGUACGCAGCUAAACGUACAGCAGUCACAGACACUUCCCCAUAGUGCCAAAUGUUCUGUACAGUCACAAGGGCAGUUUCGGACAAGGCAUGUGUCAGCCUCCUCUAAACUCCAGCAAACAGUUGGGGGGAAUGAGGGCUUUCCUCCACGAGACACAGAAGCCCCAGGCAUGGGGAGCAGUCAGCAGAUAAUGCCCUUAUCUGGAGACAAGGAUAUCAAAGCACAGCUGCAGGCCAUGGAGAGCCUCAUCAGCUCGAGCCAGGAGACCAUCAAGGUCCUACUUGGAGUUAUUCAGGAGCUGGAGAAAGGUGAAGCACAGAGAGAGGGGCUCUCCUACCGAACAGGACAAGACACAGCAAAUUGUGACACUUGUCGGAACAGCGCAUGCAUCAUUUACAGUGUCGAACUGGACUUCAAGCUGCAAGAGGACAAGCUACAUCCCCUGAUGAAGAGACUAUGCCCGCUGGAUGGCCAACAAUGCCCUGCUCUGCCUUACUCCAAUGAAGUGUUCACAUCCACCCCAAAACGCAAGUCCAAAACAGAGUCCAAAAAGCAUGCUCGUUGGAAACUCUGGUUCCUUUGAAUAAAACAUGAGGGCUUUGGAAACAGCCUUUUCAUUGGGCACAUUAAUACCCCUGUUAUUCGCAAAAUGGAUGAAGGAGUAUGGAUAACGACAGAAUCCGGAUCAUUUGGGGUUCUGAGUUGAGACUGCACAUUAAGUCAGCUGGGGGACAGCAGAGACAAAAACAUUUAAAAUUCUGUCAAACCUUUUUCUGGCAUGUUUGCUGAAGAGGAUCGACAUACAGCUGCAACAACUAGAGCAUAUUGCUUGGCAACAAGAGGAGGCGCCAUGUGGAGGGCCUUUUAUGACUGAAGCUAUAAUCUCUGAAUGGACAUCAGCCCCACCUCCAGCAAAGCACAAACAUUUGACUAUUGAGAGGAAUA